CCACAGGCAGAUCCCGCAGAGGCAUGGCGAGCUGAGCAGCCGCACCUGAGCGGAGGUGUUGCGGUGUUUGUCCCGCGAGCGAUGAUGCGGGGCGGCGGAGGCGAGCGCUGAGCGUCCCGUUUCCCACCCCCCCUCUCCUCCGGGGCAGGGCUGGAGGGCGGCGGGGAGCCCCCCGGGGAGCGGGGACAUCGCCUGCCUGCCGCCGGGCGAGCGCGAUGCGGCGGCGGCUGCUCUGGCUGUGCUGCUGCUGGGCGCUGCUGAGCGGCUCCUGCAGCCCCGCCGAGCCGCCGCCGCCGCCCGCGUCCUCCUCGGGCUUCCUCUACCGGAGGCUGAAGUCGCACGAGAAGCGGGAGAUGCAGCGGGAGAUCCUGUCGGUGCUGGGGCUGCCGCACCGGCCGCGGCCGCUGCCGCGGGAGCCGCCGUCGCCGCCGCCGGGGAGGAUGACGGCGGCGCCGCGCUUCAUGCUGGACCUGUACCACGCCUUGGCCGAGGGCGCCGAGGGCAGCGCGGCCCCCGCAGCCCCCCGAGCCCCGCCGCAGGACAGCGCCUUCCUCAACGACGCCGACAUGGUCAUGAGCUUCGUCAACUUGGUUGAGUACGACAAGGAGUUCACGCCUCACCAGCGGCACCACAAGGAGUUCAAGUUUAAUUUGUCUCAGAUUCCUGAGGGUGAGGCGGUCACAGCUGCUGAGUUUCGGAUCUACAAGGACUGCGUUCUGGGGAGCUUUAAAAACCAAACUUUCCUCAUCAGCAUUUACCAAGUACUGCAGGAACAUCAGAACAGGGCCUCUGAUCUGUUUCUGCUGGACACAAGGGCGGUGUGGGCCUCAGAGGAGGGCUGGCUGGAGUUUGAUGUCACUGCCACCAGUAACAUGUGGGUGAUGAACCCUCAGCACAACAUGGGACUGCAGCUGAGCGUGGUGACCCGGGAUGGUUUCAGCGUAAAUCCUGGAGAAGCAGGCCUUAUAGGCCGAGACGGCCCUUAUGACAAACAGCCUUUCAUGGUGGCCUUCUUCAAAGUGAGCGAAGUUCAUGUUCGGACUACGAGGUCAGCAACGAGCAGGCGCAGGCAACAGAGUCGCAACCGCUCCACUCAGGCUCAGGAUGUUUCCAGAGUGUCUGGUGUCACAGAUUACAACAGCAGUGACUUAAAAACAGCGUGUAGAAAGCAUGAGCUUUACGUUAGCUUCCAAGACUUGGGAUGGCAGGACUGGAUAAUCGCUCCAAAGGGCUAUGCAGCCAACUACUGUGACGGGGAGUGCUCAUUUCCACUCAACGCCCAUAUGAACGCAACCAAUCAUGCCAUUGUACAAACUCUGGUCCAUCUUAUGAAUCCUGACUAUGUUCCCAAACCAUGCUGUGCACCUACCAAACUAAAUGCCAUAUCUGUUCUUUAUUUUGAUGAUAAUUCUAAUGUAAUCUUGAAGAAAUACAGGAAUAUGGUAGUAAGAGCUUGUGGAUGUCACUGACAGUCUUCGCACGGACUCUGUGAUCCUACCAUGAACUUCCAUUCUAUCUUCCACACUUUCAUGAACUACCUGACCUCGGAGAAAAAAAAAAACAAUAAUUGAUGAACCUUUCAGAACACCAUGUAUGUGCCUUGGGCAAGGAAGGGGUGUGGGGACCACAUGCUGGGGCAUGGGCAAACCGUUGGGACUUCUUACACUGACCCUAAUGCCAUGGUGGCCACUCAGCCCUGCGGAGGCAGGGCGCACAAAGCAGCAAUAUGCCCACACAAGCUUUAUUGGCUGGGACGGUCUUAAUCUCACAUAGCAGUUUGGCCUUAGCUGUUGCUUGGAUGUAUGCUGCAGUUUUACCAGAUGGAUCUCCCAACACCCAAACCAAGUGAGGUUUUUGUGAGGGGAGAAGACAAGGGGAGAAAUAGGGAAGCUAGAGUAAAGAAAGUGGUGUUUGUUAGUACUUCAGACUUCAAGCAUACAUCUUGUACAAGGAAAUAUAAAAUUCCUAAGCUUAGGAAUUGCCUUUUGUCUAGAAGGACCAGUUACUACACCUAGACUGUUAGUCUCCUUCUGAAAUAUAACAUGACAGUAAGCAUCUUAAAUUGUGCCAAAGCAAAUAUUUCAGUUCUCUUUUUCUCCAAGCACAGUUUAAGUCUGAUCUUGCAAGCAUAGGAUGGUUUGGCUGCACCCCACAUUAGAAAGACUUUAUAUACUUGUUCUUAUGCAACUUCCUUCCACUCUUCACGUGGAGCUGCCUCAUCUACUGCCACUUGCCUAGGAAGGAAGUCAGGACACUUCUACAGCUGUAAUUCAGACAAAAGUUUAGGGGACAUUCAUUCUCUAACUGGACAAUUUAUUUGCAGGAAGACGGAAUGUCAACAACACAUACAAGUAUUUGGCCAACCUUUCUCCCCUUCAAUUCACGCAACUAACAAACUGGUAUAAAGGAUACAUUUGCAGUGUAGCCACAGUUUGUCUAGCAGAAACUAAUAGCAAAUUGUUUUGAUCAAUAUUAAACCUGUAUCAAAUGCACUUACCUCUAAUACUUGCAUUUAAAAGGCUUCUUGUAAAUACGAGCUAUAAUUUAUUGCACUUGUCACUGUAUAUUCAUUGUGCUGUAUCAUUUAUAGAAAGACUGCUUUUUUAAAAAGUUUUUAUUUAGAAAAAUCUCAGUGUAAACAAUUGUACCACUUCGAUUUUGUACAAGAAACUCAUGAGAUUGUGCUUCACUAGAAAGUUGUUAAAAACGCGAUAAUAAAGGCUUCCUUUAAGGCAGAAGUAUAUAUAUUGAUCUAAUACAUCUGCCAGUACAACACUUGGUUUCACUGUGGCUUUUUCACCCUUACACAUUUUAAGAUUGAACAGAAUCAUAAGUUCUGGACAGACAGUGAAGUACCAGGAGCAACCCACUAAUUUAAAAGUUCAUUGUUGUUUUGCCUUUUUUAGAAAAAAAAAAAAACAACCACAACAACCCAGCAACCUGCUCCAUAUAAUGGAUGAAAAUCAGCAUCUUGACACAUUAGUCAAAUCAGCUUGCAGCCAUCCUCAUUCCAUGAGUUUCUGUGUGGCAUAAUUCUGUCCUUGGUUUGCUGCUGUCACUGCAUCGUGACAGUCUCUGCAGUGUAAAUUCUUUGGCUUUCAAUUAUGUCUAACAUGGAACAUCUUAUGCACCAAAGAACAGAUCCAUAUUACAAUCCAAGGCACCACAGGGUGCAUGGUCCUAGCAUUCAAACUUAGCAAUGCUUACAGCUUGGAAAAAGGUUAAGGCUCAAGAGUGGGGAACUAUUUGACACUACUACAGAACAGCUGAAUAAUAAAAGAAAUGAAGCAUCGUACUGCUUGUUGUUCUCCAAGUCGUCUAAGGAGCAGGUCAGCAAAAAGUCUAGAUUCAGGCAAGGGUAGGAAAUGCAUAUCAUCAGCUCUGAAAUUUAACCAAUUGUUUAACAUUAACAGAGCAGUUACAAUAGCGCCUAUUCACUGUGGCUCUGUGUAAGUAGAGCACAGUUACUCCUUCAGAGCUGGAUGGAAACAGCCUACGAAAAUCCACCUGACACAUGUACACUAUGGCAUCAGUAAUAUACAGGCACAUGUUACAGUACCAUCACUUCCAUUAUGGCUAGACCUCCCAUGCUGAGAGGAUUAACAGGAGACAACCAGCUUGUGGUGGCCUGGUAUCUUCCCAGGUGUGUGUGCGUGUGUGAGUGUGUGUUCAACCUCCUAUGACUUUCCAUUUCUUAACCAGCAGCUAUAUUAAGACAAAUAGGUUUUAAGUACAGUUGUAGAGGCAAAAGUGACUUGACACAGAUGUAACUUUUACCUUUCUAGCAACAGUGGGCUGUUUGCAGGGAUUACUUUUUAAUCAAAUUGACCUGAAGACAAACAUAUUCUACUGCUGCCCUUAAGGUGGUUUUCUUGAUGUAUUUUAGUCUCAAAGGAAAUUAUUUACACUUCAUUGUGGGAAUGCAGAAAUGCAGUUAACACUACAAAUGCUGAAAAUAUUCUCAAUUUGCACAGUAACUACUUGUUAGUUUUCCUUCACACACACACACAGAGGGAAGAUACCAAUGUUUAGUACAUUCAAUUUCCUAAAAACAAAGAAAAAAAAUACCCACAUCCCCCUCCCACCCCCUAAACACACUAUUUGAAAAUUAACAAUAAUUCAAAUCCCUCAGCUAUUGUAAAAAGACAGCCAGGGCUGGAGCAUCCAGACUUUUAUUACAGUUCAUCCCUUGCCUGACGCAAGACAAAGCUAUGCAGUGAUUCAAGGUCUCUUGUUCCAUUGUGUUCACUGACUUUCUUUCCACCUCGGAAAAGCAGAAGUGUAGGAUAACCACGUAC